GCUUACAGGAUAUUCGCGUCCAAGAUACUGAAGUGUUUUAUAUAAUUGUAUGACUCGUGAACGUUGUGACAUAAUUAAUAUAUUGAAAAUAUCUACUCAAUCCAGACUCGAACAUUGAUGUUUUUAAUUGUAGUUUCUAGACCAAACGUAAGUUAGCGCUACUGUUGCGGCAAUUUCGGCGAAUUCUGAAAUAUUAAAAGAAAAUUAAAAUUGAAGCUUUAAAAAUAUUUAAAGAAGAAUAAAUAAUUUUCUGAUGGAGAAAGUUAGUAAUACAAACAACAACUGUCGUUUUUGCUUGCGAAUAUUCGAUGAGUUAGAAGAACGGAUAGGUAUAACUUCGCAAAUUUCUGAUGAAUUUCGGAAUAUCACUCAAACUGAGCUUCGGAUGCAACCAAUAUAUUCCAACAACAUUUGUUUAAAAUGUUUCGACAAUGUUAAAAGCUUUUGUCAAUUUCGAAAAGAGCUUCUUAACAAUCAAACAAUUCUUUAUCAAGUUUUCAGUUCUGAAGAAGAUCGACUAUUGCGUGAUAAUCGAGAAGAGAAUUUCAUUGAUAUCUCGCAGGCUGUCAAAAUCAAACUGGAAGUCACUGAAAACGAUUCCUACAACUCGAAUAUACAUUUUGAGUCAGAAGCAACUAUGGAAGGUGAUGGUGGAGAUCAUCUUCCUUAUUUUAAAAUGGAAAGUAAUACCACAGACAUGGGAAUUUAUAGUGCUUGGAGUCCUUUUGCAGACAUCAGUUCUACCAUGACUACAACUCCACAUGUGAAAGCUAUUGUAAAGCGUAAACCUCGUAAUCCUCUAGCCGAUAAUCCAAGAGAGAAACAAAAACUUUGUUCCGAAUGUGGCAAAUCAUUUCUAGCAUCUUAUUUGCGGCGGCAUUAUCAGAGAGUUCAUUUGAAAGAAAAAAGAUUUGAAUGUGACAUUUGUGGUUUAAGAACUUUUAAAAAACAACAUAUUGAAGAGCAUUUAAAACGACACUUUAAAAUUAAGGACUAUCAUUGUGAUCAAUGUCCAUCAGCUUUCACAACUGGAACCGAGUUAAAGAUCCAUAUUAAGAAUGUUCACUGUGAAGAUCGACCAUUCAAGUGUGAGCAUAAAGGAUGCGAAUCUGCUUUCAAACAAAAAGAAAAUUUGAAAGAGCACAUGCUAAGGCAUACUCAAAAGAAAAACUUUGUUUGCGUUGUUUGCGAUAAAGCAUUUUAUAACAAUUCGAGCUUAAAAGCACAUCAGAUUAUUCACACUGGAAAUCCUCAUAUCCCUUGUCAUGCAUGUGGUAAACUUUUCUUCUCAAAGCAAGCUCUUAAACUCCAUCAUUUACAUCAUCAUCAAGCACCAACAUUAAAGUGUGAACAAUGCGAUAAGAUGUAUUUCACGCAAUCAGAGUUAAAUCAUCACAUGAACUCUCAUUCAAACAUUAAGAAAUACCAAUGUCAAUAUUGCAGUAACCAAUAUAUGGCUAAAAACCAUUUAAAUCGUCACAUUUCAACAGUGCAUAUGAAAGCAAAAAUUCGUUGCCAAGUUAUAGGGUGUACAUCAGAUUUUCCCCGAAAAGACCGAUAUCGUGCACACAUCCUUUCACACCAUCAAAACUUAGGACCCGACUUUGUAAACCAGCUGCUUAACGGGAUAAAAGAUGUUCCCAUAGAGUUCUCCAACAAUAAUUUUCAGUUGGCUUAAAGUUAAAUGGAAAGCACAGGAAAUAUAAAGACGGAAAGCUUAUUUCUGGAUUUAUUUUCUUUGAUUAUUAACUAUUUCAUUUAAAAUCAUUAGUUUCCAUGUAGAUUCAUUUUGAAAAUCAGUUUUUUCCAUAAUAAUAAUUCAUCUCAUAAAAUUUGAAAUUAAGAAGAAAAUCUUUCUUUAGUAGAUAUAUUGUAUCGUGUAGAGUUAAAAUAUUUUUUUGUGUAUUAAAGAACAGUGAACAUCAAAAUAUUCAUAAUAAAAAAAAGAAUAUUCAUAUACAUAGUUUUUAAACAAUAUUAGUUCAGAAUUCAACAAGGAUUCAAAGCAAGUGGAAAUAUAACUGGUGAAUUGCACCGCACGUCUUUGUUCUAAAAACUAUUAAACCAUAUUAUAAAAUUAAUAAAAAUUCACAUGGCAGAUAAUAAAAAAUAUUUGGAAGAAAGUAAACAUAG